UGCGCUGCGGUUCCUACUUCAAUCUGGUGGUUUUUCGCUCAUCUUCUUUGUCCCUUUGUUUGCGUUGUCUCACCGUUUCAUUUUAGUUUAUACUUAUAAAUUCAAUGCCCUUUCUCUCUCCAUUUCCCAAUCCCUACCUUGCUUUGCCGUUCUUGGUUACUCCGCCUCCCCACUCUUUCAAGCUUCUUCGUUUUAGCAAUCCUCUUAAAUACCCAUUCACUAAUCUCUCACCAAACAUCUCGCUUUCAUUGUUAGAUACUUAGAUCCGUUUGUUUGUUUCACUCUGACUAUGCAGUGCUGUAUCAUAGCAAGGCUGAAAACCCAACCUUUAUGGUUCGGUGUUCUUUUCGUCUUGGGUUUGCUCACCUUCUUGAAAGUUUUCCUAGCUUUUCUCAGGUGGGUCUAUGUCAUUUUUCUCAGACCCCCCAAAAAUCUUAAGAAAUACGGAUCUUGGGCGCUUGUUACUGGACCCACUGAUGGUAUUGGCAAGGGUUAUGCUUUUCAGCUGGCUCGUGCCGGGCUUAAUCUGGUUUUGGUGGGUCGGAAUCCGGACAAGCUGAAGGAUGUUUCCGAUUCGAUUCUAGCUAAGUACGGGAAAACCCAGAUUAAGACGGUGGUCGUUGAUUUUGCUGGUGAUCUGUCCGAGGGUAUGCUCAAGAUUCGUGAAGCUAUUGAAGGGUUGGAUGUUGGUGUCUUGAUUAAUAACGUGGGAGUCUCAUAUCCUUACGCGAGAUACUUCCAUGAAGUGGAUGAGGAGCUUCUGAAGAAUUUGAUUAAAGUGAAUGUGGAAGGAACUACCAAGGUUACACACACUGUUCUUCCUGGCAUGCUCCAGAGAAAGAAAGGAGCAAUCGUGAAUAUUGGUUCUGGAGCAGCAAUUGUGAUUCCUUCAGAUCCUCUUUAUGCUGUGUAUGCUGCCACAAAAGCGUACAUAGAUCAAUUCUCGAGAUGUCUCUAUGUUGAAUACAAGAAUAGUGGGAUCGAUGUCCAGUGUCAGGUCCCAUUGUAUGUGGCAACAAAGAUGGCAUCAAUAAAGAGAUCUUCAUUUUUCGUGCCAUCAACCGAUGGUUAUGCAAAAGCUGGCAUGCGAUGGAUAGGGUAUGAGCCUCGGUGCACACCUUACUGGCCCCAUUCCAUUCUGUGGGCAUUGGCUCACGGGUUGCCCGAGUCUCUGGUCGAUUCUUGGCGUCUCUGGUUCUGCAUUCGCAUUCGCGAUAGGGGGCAAAAGAAGGACUCGAGGAAGAAUGAAUAAUAAGCUAUAAGAGGAACAAUCUUUUCAGAUUUCAAAGUGUCUGAUGUAUCACUGACUUAAUCUUUGUUGUUAUUAAUCUGUUCUUGGAUCAAUAGCUUGGUCUAUUCAUAUUUCUUUUUUGCUCUGCUAUCUUGAGUAUCUAUCUUUUUGUUGUUGUAAUGUUGAGGACUUAAUGUAAUUCUCAUUUGUUAUAGAAAAAUACUGUGGUUUCAAA